CGGCAAGUGGUUUAUAUACAACUAGCAGCCGAACCGGUCGCUGUAUUCCAGUGGCAGUCGCCAAGAACACGUCGUCGGCUUACUUGUCUCCUUAACCCAGUGCGCCAAGAUGUCGGGCAAGAGCGAUCCCGCUGCUGACCAGCUUGUGAACUACAAAAAGCAGACGAGAGACAUGGAGAACCUCACCCUCGCCAGCGGCACCCCGGUGGGAGACAAACUCGCCUCCCUGACGGUCGGCCCCCGCGGCCCUCUGCUCCUCACGGACACCGCGCUCGUGGACGAGCUCGCCCACUUCGACCGGGAGCGCAUCCCGGAGCGCGUGGUGCACGCCAAGGGAGCCGGUGCCUUUGGAUACUUCGAGUUGACUCACGAUAUCUCCAAGUACACCAAAGCCAAACUGUUUAAUCAGGUUGGAAAGAAAACACCUAUCGCGAUCCGUUUCUCGACGGUUGGAGGUGAAAGCGGAUCAGCUGAUACCGUCAGAGAUCCUCGGGGUUUCGCAGUCAAGUUCUACACCGAAGAGGGCAACUGGGACCUUGUUGGCAACAACACCCCCAUUUUCUUCGUUCGUGAUCCUAUUCUUUUCCCUAGCUUCAUUCACACUCAAAAGCGUAAUCCAGCAACCCACCUCAAGGACGUUAACAUGGUUUGGGACUUCUUUACCCUGAGACCUGAAUCAACCCACCAGGCCAUGUUUUUGUUCUCCGACCGCGGAAUUCCCGAUGGUUACCGUAAAAUGAAUGGAUAUGGAUCUCACACAUUCAAACUUGUCAAUGACAAAAACGAAGUGGUCUAUUGUAAAUUCCACAUGAAGACUGCACAAGGAAUCAAAAACUUGCCUGUAGAUAAGGCUGAGCAAAUAUCUGCGCAAGACCCAGAUUACUCUAUCCGAGACCUGUACAAUGCCAUCGCCAAUGGUGACUAUCCUAAGUGGAACUUCUUCAUUCAAGUUAUGACAGUUGCACAGGCUGAAAAGAACAAGUUCAAUCCCUUUGAUGUUACCAAGGUUUGGUCUCACAAGGAGUUCCCCCUGAUUCCUGUCGGUCAGUUGGUCUUGGAUAGAAACCCAACCAACUAUUUUGCUGAAGUGGAGCAAAUUGCCUUUGCUCCCUCCCACUUGGUUCCUGGUAUUGAGGCCAGCCCUGACAAGAUGCUGCAAGCACGGAUCUUCUCUUAUGCUGAUACACACCGCCACCGUCUGGGAGUCAACUAUCAACAGAUUCCUGUGAACUGCCCAUACCGUACUACUGUGAGGAACUACCAGAGAGAUGGACCAAUGAAUGUUACCAACAAUCAGGCUGGUGCACCCAACUACUAUCCCAACAGCUUCUCUGGACCAGAGCAGGUUCCUUCUGUUGAGCCACCUCCAUACAAGGCGUCUGGUGAUGUUUUGAGGUAUAACACUGCUGAUGACGACAACUUCACUCAGCCUGGAAUUUUCUGGAGCCAAACUCUAAAUGAUGCUGAAAGGGAGCGCCUUGUCUGCAACAUUGUUGGACACCUGAAGGACGCCGCAAUCUUCAUUCAGGAACGUGCUGUCAAGAACUUUUGUCAAGUGAACCCAGACUUUGGUCGUAGAGUAGCUGAUGGUUUGCGUAAACAUGGAAGUCACAUUUCAGCAAAGAUCUAAAAUCAUUGAAUCUGAUUUUUCGGUUAACAGCUGGUCUGCAUCAUAAUCAACUACAUCAACAGAAUUUUGGGAAGGAUUCAUUGUGUUUUGUUAUCUUCUUGUGCAUAAGUGUAUUUCUGUAGCCAGGGAUCUUCUACAUUUCUCUGGUACAUUGAUAUCUCUGUACUUUGAUAAGUGAUAAACUGGCUUUUGUUCUAGAGCUUUUAUAUAAACAUAUCCAUAACUAUUUUUUAAAUAUAGAAUUAUCAUUCUAAGCAAAACAAAA